CUCGGGAGGCGCUCGAUAGGUUAUAGGUCGUCUCCGAGGCUUACGGUACCCGGCUGGAGGCCCGAUAGGGUCGUGGAAGCAGUGGGUGUUCUCCGCCUGUCGCGGAGCAGGGCUGCACUUUGCAGAGGCGUGCGCGUCGCCCCGCGGUGGGUUCGGGUUUCACCCUCCCGGGACCCGGAGCCGAGCUGCGCGCGGAGGAGUGUUUGGCUAGAGCGGCGGGCGAGGCGGGAGGCGGCGAUCCCGGCUGGGCCGAGACUUCCUUCCUCCCCGGCGGGCACCGAGCUCCGGCCGCCCGCGGCGUGCGAGCUGCGCUGCCAUGGGCUCCCUGCUGAGCAGCGACGGCGCCAAGUCCGCGCAGGUCGCCGCCACCCCGCGGACCCUGGAGCGCAGCGCGGACCCCGAGCUGCCGGUCACCUCCUUCGACUGCUCCGUGUGCCUGGAGGUGCUGCACCAGCCGGUGCGGACCCGCUGCGGCCAUGUGUUCUGUGCAAUUUUCAGGUGUGUGUGUCCAUUCUGUCAGAGGGAACUGGAUGAAGACAGCUUGCUGGAUCACUGUAUUACCUAUCACAGAUCAGAAAGGAGGCCUGUGUCCUGUCCGCUUUGCCGUCUGCUACCCAAUGAGAGCCCAAACACCUUUGAUGGCAGUUUAAUUAGACAUUUGCAAGUCAGCCACACUUUGUUUUAUGAUGAUUUCAUAGAUUUUGAUAUAAUUGAGGAAGCACUUUUCCAAAGAGUGUUAGACCGCUCACUUCUUGAAUAUGUGAAUCACUCGAACACCACAUAAUUUUAUGAAUAGGAAGGGGACCAUUCAAUUGUACCAUUUAAGAUGCUGCUUGAGUGACUGGAGGGAAAUUCUUAAUGUUACAUGGCGUAACAUGUACUACCAUCAUAUACGUUUUGUGUUUGCUAUACUGCAUUCAAAACUGCUUUCAUCUUGAUGGGUUAGAUCUGGCUCUACAUUCCUGAGUUUCUUAGACAUUCAACCACAAAUAGUCUCCAUCAGCCAGUAGUCAACGGAAGAGCCACAGGCUGAGUAUGUGGUUGAGGAUCUCCAGGUGCACACUGAUGAUGUGGUGGGUGAAGUUACCUGUUCAUGAAUGCCAUCAUAGUUAGGCAAGACAACCAAUCUUCUAUAUAAAGACAGAACCAAUACAGAUAUUAAAGGAAAUCUGAAAUCUGUUCCAAUCCUCAUGCUAGUCUAAUCUCUAAUAAAGGAAAGCCAACAAUCUGAGAAGAAAGGAGAGACCUGAAGUCAACAAAAUCCAUUUUAACCAAGGUCUAGUACCUAACUCUAUAAUAAAAUUUUGUGUUAUAAAUGCAUACUUAUCCAGGCAUGGUAGUGCAUACCUAUAAUCUAAACACUUGGGAGAUGGACCUGAAGAGUUCAAGGCCAGUCAUGGCUAUCUAGUGGCUUGGAAGCCAGCCUGGGCUAAAGAGACCAUAAAAUGAUGAAAGGAAAAGAAAUUGGAAAAAGAAAAAAAAUGUAUACUUAAUUAUUUGACUUUUUGUAACUGUACACAUAAGAAUUUUCAAAUAUUUUUAUAAUGUAGGUAAUUUGUUAAGGCCUGUCUGUUGAUAUUUACAGUAGACAUUUUCACAUUGAUAAUUUUUAGUGGAAAUCCUAAGGGCUUUGUAUUUAAUUUUAAAAUAAAGCACAAAUACUGAAAUCUAGACGCAAAAUAAUAGCUUGAUGUGUUAAUAUAAGAAACAUUCUUAGCUGGAUAUGAUGGUUUAUCUGUAAUCCCAGCAGUCAGGGGUUAAGGCUAGCCUGGGCUACUGUGUUUGAUUCCAUCUCAAAAAUAAAAGUAUUAUGAACUCGUGUGUUCAAGUAUA